CCCCCCUCUUCUCUGUGCCUCAGUUUCCCUUGUGGAAGCUGAGCAAGGCCUGGGGCCUGCCGUUUCCCUGGCUGAAGGGGUCUUCGGGAGGCAGGUGCCAGUGGCUGUUCUGGCUGCAGGGAACAACCAGGGGUGCUGAAGGCUGCGGGUGGAGCAGCCGGGCUCUGGGAUCAGCUGGGACAGGGACAGGACAGGGCAGUGUCAGCCCUGGCUGUGAUAUCUGGAACUCAUUUGUGCUACGAGGGAGGAACGCGGGUCACGAGGGGCCUGACGAGCUCUUGGCAAGGCUGGGGUGGCUGCUUGGGAAGCCAGCGGUGCCGGGCAGCCUGCCCUCCCCUCUCCCCACAUCUACCUCCCAGCUGCUCUGGUUUCUUCCCCCCUUUUUUUAAGGGAAACCUCAUGCCAAAGACUUUCCUGCUGCGAGCAGAGACCAGCCUCGCAGCUCCCCAGCUGCUGGCAGAAGGAGGGAUCUGCAGAUCUGCCAGGACGUUUGUCGGGAGAGAAGCUUCCCUUGGAGAGUGACACCCAGGGCUGUGCUGCUUUCUGCUUUCUUCUCCUGGCUCUGCUGGUGCCAAGGAUGCUCUGCCCACUGCUUGUCCUGGGAGCACUGCUGCUCAGCCUGGCAGGUGCCAUGGAGAUCCAGGUCCCGGAGGAGCCCGUGGUGGCUCUUUUCGGCCGAGAUGCCACCCUGCGCUGCUCCUUCUCCCUGGAGGCCAACUUCAGCCUGGACAACCUGACCCUCAUCUGGGAGCUGACGGAUACCAAGCGCUUGGUCCACAAGUUCUCGGGUGGCCGGGAUGAGCUGGCAGACCAGGGUGGGGGCUACACCAACCGCACAGCCCUCUUCUACGACCAGCUGGCCCAGGGCAACGUCUCGCUGCUCCUGCGGCGCGUGGAGAUCUCGGACGAGGGCAGCUUCACCUGCUUCGUGCAGGUCCAGAAACACAGGAAUGCAGCUGUGACACUGCAGGUGGCAGCUCCCUACUCCAAGCCCAGUAUGAACCUGGAGCCCAACAAGGACUUGAAGCCAGGAGAUCUGGCAGCUGUGACUUGCCAUGCAUCCCGUGGCUAUCCCGAGGCAAGUGUCCUCUGGCAGGACAGCAGGGGCAGCAACAUCACGGAAAAUGUCACCACUUCCCAGGUGGCCAACGAGGAAGGUCUCUUUGAUGUGCACAGUGUCCUUCAGGUGCUGGUGGAGCCCAGCAGCACCUACUCCUGCCUGGUGCGAAACCCGGUGCUGCAGCAGGAGACUCAUGCCUCUGUCACCAUCACAGGCCAGCACCUGGCCUUCCCUGCCGUGGCUCUCUGGGUGACAGUGGGACUUGCUGCCUGUGUGGUGGCACUGCUUGCUGUCCUGGCCUACGUGUGCCAGAAGAAAAUCCGCCAGAGCUGCGAGGAAGAGGAGGACAACGCAGGGACAGAGGAGCAGGAUGAAGAAGGCCCCAAGACAGCCCUGCAGCCUCUGGAGAGCACAGAGAGCAGAGAUGAGAAGAAUUUCCCCAGAGAAGUCAUGUCAGAGCCCUUUUCCACUCCAGUUUGUGCUGUGCUUGCUCUGGCCACCACUCCUGUCACUCAGCAGUGAUGGCCCCAUGUGGCUGAUGGCUUCAACGUGGCUUUUCUUCUCUCAUUCCUCCUUUUCUUGGACACCUUGGAUAAUGAGCAAGAAAUUGAUUGACAGGAGCUGAAACACCACCCCCAGGCUGUGCCCCGUGCCCUGGACCAGCUGAGAUGGAGAUCUGGGUCCCCUGGGGAGGCCAUGGACCUGCUGCCACCCCUCACCCAGGCCCUGUCACCCUCCUCCUUCCCCAGCCACCUCUGCAGGGCAUCCUGGGGCUGGAGAGAAGCUGCUUCUCUUCGUCCCUGGGGAGCCCCCAAGCCUGGUGCAUCCUUCCUGGGGACAGUCUGUGUGGCAUGGAGGUUCCUCCUUGUCCUUCUGUCCAUCCCCACGUGGGGCUGAGAGCAACUGGGGUCCCCUGAUCCCCCCCCCAGCACCCUCUGUGCCUGCUCCCGUGUGGCCACAGCCAAACCACCUGCCUUCCAGGUCAAAUUUCGGUGCCUUUUCCAAGCCCAGAUGCCUCCAGAGGGGUGAUGGGCUCAGGGAGCAACCCCAGAACUGAGGCUCCAUGGAAGAUGGACCUGCAGGACCCUCACACACAGGGGGAUGGUGCUCUCAGCCCUGAUGGAUUCCUUGCUCUGGGGACAUUCGGGGACAAUUAUUUUUUCACCUUGUGCCACUGUGGUUCCUGCUGGACUUCUUAUUUUUGCCUUAUAUGCAAAAAGCCCCCCCCAAAUCUCAUUGGGGUGAUCUUCCUGCCUUGAA